UGUGGCGUGAGUGAGUAACGUCCGUGUUUACUCCACCUAUCGGCGCGGUUUACUGCGAUUCACCCGCUUUGAGACCCGGUGAGCCUGAUGGAUUUACGCCCGGACUCGGUCACACACCGGCGGCUUUCAUUCUGCGCUCGGACCGCGUACCGAGUUAAAUGACAGGGACUGCGUGUGCUCGCCGCGACGAGGGUCUGUCACUUUUCCGAUCUGCUGCGAAAAUGACCUUUGCGUGGAUCAAAACAGACGGAAAGUUGGACGGAGGAAGUUGAAGUAAAGUGAAUAUAUUAGCCAGCAGCGCUAGCGGCGGUGCUCAAACGACACUUGCUUAAUAUUUACGUGCCGUUUGAUUCCAUAAAGUGCGGAAGUAAACGUGUAAAUAGUGUUUUAUACGGUUUUUGCGUCACCCCGCUGUUUGUUUCCAAGUUAGUGCUUUUAAGUUUAUUAGCUUGACUUGCUAGCUGUCAUUUGAACUACCUAGAACAUGUUGUUCAUUUACCACUUUCGGUGUGUUUUACGUUAGUUCGCUUGAUAAACGUUUAACGCUUUUAACCUCAUCGUGUAAACGAACAAUUUCCCACAGAAGUCGUUCAGAGGCGAUCUGUCAUAAGUGUCAACCGUCUCAGAUGUUUCUACUGAAAGUCCUUAGCAGAAACAAAUACAGUCACAAAUGAGACUGCUGGCACACGGUUACAGGCCUUAAUGUUCAUGGCAUUGGCUCGGAUUGUUUAUUAAAAUUAAUAAUAUCUCAGUUUGUUUCUCUUGUGAAACUUAAAGGAGACACUUGUAAGAUUGCGGGGUCAAUCUUCAACAGAAUUACGCACAGCUCUCCAGUUUGCUCCAUUUAAUCUCAUUGCUGUUUCUUAAACAUUUGAGAUAUGCUGUCAUUUUGCUCAAAUCGCGUUUAUAUUAGUUUACACGAACAGACGUCCAUAUAGCUGUGUACAGUAGCGACCUGCAUUUCGAUAACUUGCAUUUUGAAUAAUCUCGGUAUUGAUAAGCUACGAAGAAAAAUGGCUGUGUACUCAAAACUGCCCUCCGAGCUGAAGAAACCCCUUGUGAGAAACGCCGUUGUCCUUCUUGUCGCGCUGUAUGGGGCCAAAAAACUUUCCCCUUACGUAUGUGGCAAGCUCAAGCGAAGUACUAGUAAACAGGUCAAGGCCGCUGACCCGGUUAGCGCCGGUGAAGAACCCCAAGAAGUGGAAGCUGCGAAGAAAAAGAAAAGCUCCCCGGCUGUGAACCGCGAGUUCUUCGAGAGGUUGCUUCGUCUCUUGAAAAUCCUCUUUCCUCGGCUUUUCUGCAAAGAACUCUGCCUGCUCGGUUUCCACUCUCUAGCUCUCAUUUCACGCACCUUUCUCUCCAUCUAUGUGGCCAAUUUGGAUGGGCAAAUAGUGAAAACCAUUGUGAAGAAAGACCCCAGGGCGUUUGUGGUUGAGUUAACCAAAUGGCUGCUCAUCGCCAUUCCCGCCACCUUCGUGAACAGCGCCAUCCGUUACCUGGAAGGUCAGCUGACCCUCGCCUUUCGCACCCGGUUGGUCACCCAUGCCUACAUGAUGUAUUUCAGCGAUCAGACGUAUUACCGCGUAAGCAACAUGGACGGCAGGCUGGCGAACCCCGAUCAGUCUUUGACCGAAGAUGUGGUGAUGUUCGCUGGCUCUGUGGCUCAUCUGUACUCCAAUCUGACCAAGCCUAUCCUCGACGUAGUGGUGACCUGUUACACGCUCAUUAAAACGGCCGAGUCAAAAGGCGCCAACACCACUUGGCCCUCCAUCAUAGCUGGCUUCGUGGUGGCACUUACUGCCAAGAUACUGAGAGCGUUCUCGCCCCGCUUUGGGAAGCUGGUGGCCGAAGAAGCCAGGAGGAAAGGAGACCUGAGGUACAUGCAUUCGCGCAUCAUCGCCAAUUCAGAGGAGAUUGCCUUCUACGGAGGACAUAAGAUCGAGAUGCUGCAGCUGCAGCGGAGCUACACGGCGCUGUCCGGACAGAUUAACCUGAUCCUGUUCAAGAGGCUGUGGUAUGUCAUGCUGGAACAGUUCCUGAUGAAAUAUCUCUGGAGCGCAUCGGGCCUGGUCAUGGUCGCUGUGCCCAUCAUCACUGCCACCGGAUACUCUAAAUACGAUUCAGAGGAUGUAAAACAGGCAGCCCUGGGGAUGAAGGAGGAGGACUUGGUGAGUGAACGCACACAGGCCUUCACCACGGCCCGGAACCUUCUGAACGCUGCAGCUGAUGCAGUGGAGAGGAUCAUGGUCUCCUACAAAGAGGUCACAGAACUGGCUGGAUAUACGGCUCGUGUAUAUGAGAUGUUCGAGGUGUUUGAGGACGUGCGUGUCGGAGUGUACCGUCGUUCAGCCUUAGAGGUGAAACCAGAAGAGACCGGGGCCACCGGGAAGAUAAAACAUGGCAUGAGAGUGGAGGGGCCGCUCCAGAUCAGAGGAAAAGUGAUAGAUGUGGAUAAAGGUAUAGUCUGCGAAAAUGUGCCUAUAAUCACUCCUAAUGCAGAUGUGGUUGUGUCCUCCUUAAACUUCAAGGUAGAGGAAGGGAUGCAUUUGCUGAUCACAGGGCCAAAUGGAUGCGGGAAAAGCUCCCUGUUCCGGAUCCUCAGUGGCCUGUGGCCUGUGUACGGUGGACUUCUGCACAAACCCUCACCUGAGCACAUGUUUUACAUCCCACAGAGACCGUACAUGUCCAUCGGAACGUUACGGGACCAGGUCAUCUAUCCCGACUCUCUAGACGACAUGCACGACAAGGGCUACAGAGACAGGGACCUCGAAGUUAUUCUGGACAUUGUCAAUUUAAACCAUAUUGUUACCAGGGAAGGAGGGUGGGAUGCCGAGCUGGACUGGAAAGACGUUCUUUCUGGAGGCGAGAAACAGCGUAUGGGCAUGGCGCGCAUGUUUUACCACAAGCCUAAGUAUGCCUUGCUGGAUGAGUGCACCAGCGCCGUCAGCAUUGAUGUAGAGGGUAAAAUAUUUCAGGCUGCAAAGGACGCCGGUAUCUCCUUGUUGUCCAUCACCCACAGACCCUCUCUAUGGAAAUACCACACGCACCUGCUGCAGUUCGACGGGGAGGGCGGCUGGAGGUUCGAGCAGCUGGAUACGGCCACGCGGCUCUCAUUGACGGAGGAAAAACAACGCUUGGAGUCUCAGCUCGCAGGAAUCCCCAAGAUGCAGCUCAGACUGAAUGAACUGUGUAAGAUCCUGGGCGAAGAUUCGGUUCUAAAGACGGCGGAGAACAAAGACGAGGACUGAAAGAAACCUGGAGAUGCUUGAUGUUCAGGAAUACUUUUGGUACUUUUAAUGGUUUAGCAAUGAUUUUAACUAGUGCUGUCAACUAUCAAUCGCCAUGAAUUGCAUCCAAAAUAAAAGUUUUUGUUUAUGUUAUAUAUAUAUA